CAAUUGGGAAGAAGUUGUAGCUUUUUUCUUUUUGGUCGGGAAAGUUGUAGCUCUUUCAUUGGCCUGCACACUAUUAUUUAUAGAUUACUACAAUGUUUAAUUUAUUUUCUCAGUCAAGUUGGAUUGCACUGACGCGAGGCGCUACACCGCUGCAUAAUCUGCAUUUGUGGAUCAUCUCUUAUCUUAUUUCCAAAUUAUAGAGAUCCGUAGAAUAUAUCACUUGGCAAUGAGAUCUUUUGUUUGGAUCAAGAUCAAAGGUUUGACAUGGAGCGAUAAAUUGUCUGAGUACGUUUUAUGGCUGAUGGCAUUAUUUUUGACAGAAGUAUGGCAGCUUAAUUACAAGACUGCAGUCACAGGUGUCAAUAUAUUUAGGGGCUUGGAAGAUAUAGCUCCUUUAACUUUGCAACAUGUUGUGGAUUCUUACUUGGGUAAUUAUGGAAUGGCUUUUCUAUCUAGUGUUGCUUAUACUGGUGGAUUGGUGUUUUUGUCAUUAUCAGCAUUAGGAACUUGCAAUACAGUGGGGAAAAACUCGUGCCAUGUUAAAAAAAGAUACAAGUUCUUGUUUUUCUUAGCAUUACCUCAAUUGCUUGUGGGUAUAUCCUUCCAUAAAUUAAACUCAUUAGAAGAGCUUCUUAGUGAAGUUGAGUGCUUAAAACCAUCUAAACGGUUGCGCUUGAUCAACAUAGUUGCUUGGAUAGUGGUUAAUUUGGCUGGAACCUUUGUACUUUCUCGAAUAGAUAUAUGGACACUUAGAUUUGCGAUCCCAACUAUGUGUAUGUUGGUGGCAACAUUGUUCUUCUGGAGUUGUAGUGUCCAUAAUUCUAUCAAGAGACAUGAUCCUCCUGGAAGCUUCCUUACUACCAUGCGUAGGGUCAUUGUUCCCAGCUUCUACUUAAGAUCCACUGAGCCAAAUCAGGGUUAUGAUAAUACUAGAACGCGCUAUGGUCGUCGCCUUAGGUGCCUAGACAAAGCAAUAAUUAAUUUACCAAAUAAUGCUGAUCAAGAACAAAGAAACAGGGUGAUCCGAGAUGUUGAAGAAGUUAAAAAAUUCAUAUGCAGAAUUCCCUUUUGUAUGGCCUUUUUCGUUUUGGGUAUUGUAUCUUCAGUGGGAGACACUUACUUUAUCCAACAGGCAGCCAACAUGGAUUUUAAAGAGUAUGAAGCCCCAAUUGUUGUGCUUCAACUAUGGUACGAACUCUCCAAAAAACUGAUCAGCAAACUUUAUAUGAAAAUAAUGCAAAAACUACUCAAGAACAAUAGUAGAAGUAAUAAUAAUAAUAGUAAUAAUAGCAAUAGUAGUGUACAUAAUUUGUUCUCAUCAAAAUAUGCUGGUUGUGUUGGAGUAGCUGUAUCCAUGAUUUUUGCAAUGCUAUGUUGUUUUACUGCUGCAAACGUGGAGAAGCACAGGUUAGAUAAGGUUAAAGAUAUGUACGAUAAACAUGGUACUGCUUCUGAUGGAAUAAUUCCGAUGAGCAUGUUUUGGUUGCUACCGCAAUUCUUUCUUCUUGGGAGCUUUGAUGGGAUUUUAGAUGAAAGCAUUGAUCUUUUCUGUAAUACUCAUGAGGCUCCUACUUCUUCAGAUCGUGUUAUGCGUGUUUUUUCUUUGCUCAUUAUUGGUUUAGGAAAAAUAGGUAGUAUCUUAUCGGUAUUUGUGGCUCGAAAGGCUAGUGCAUGGGUAGGUAAGACUAGUUGGUUUGAAGAGGACCUAAACAAGAGUCGUUUGGAUAAGUAUUACUGGGUAUUAGCUGCGUUGAGUAUAGCAAAUCUUGUUUAUUAUAACAUCUUGUAUUAUUGUACUAGUUUGAGAUCAGAAGUGAGAGAAUCAUAUUAGAUUUGAUGGACCAGUUUAGCUUUGUCGGGUACAAUUUUAGUAUAUCUAAUUUGGUAGACUGCGAUAUUG